AAAUGGCCAUACUGAGUCAUACCAAAGGUCCAUCCAACCCCACAUCCUUUCUGCCAACAGUGGCCAAUGCCAGGUGCCCCAGAGGGAGUGAACCUAACAGUUGCCCUUCUGGCCCUGCCAGGCUGCAGGAUGUCGUCCAUGUUUCGCUCCAGCUCAUCCCAUCCUCUCAUGGGACCGGGAAGGAAAAUGUCUGCAGUGGAGCCAGUUCAGGGGCCGGUGACCUUCGAGGAGGUGGCUGUGUAUUUCACCAGGGAAGAGGGGGCUCUGCUGAACCCGACUCAGAGAGCCCUCUACAGGGAUGUCAUGCAGGAGAAGUAUGCGAAUGUGACCUCGCUGGAGUUUCCAGUUUCCAAACCUAAUGUCAUUUUGCAGCUGGAACGAGGGGAAGAGCCGUGGGUCCCAGAUCUCCAAGUCUCUGAGAAAGAAGUGCUCCCGAGAGCUGCCUACACAGGUGCAGGGAGCGAUCUGUGUCUGGAUUCUCUCUGUCUCCCAUCAGGUGAUGGGAUGGUGAGUGAUAACAAGGAGGAGAAACCCCAGCAGGAAGAUGCUGAGCAAGUAGAAGCACAUGGGAUGUUAUCAGGAAGAUCCAAAGGGAAUGUUUCUGGGAUUUGUGCACGCCCAGAAAAAGCAAAAGCCUGUGAGACUGAGCAGAGGCCAGAGGAAAACUUCAGUAGCUUCUCAGACCUUAUUUCAAGUGAUAGAAUCAACUCGGAAGACACACGUUACACAUGCCACGAUUGCGGGAAACGCUUCAAUUGGCGUUCAUACCUUAUCAGACAUCAGAGAAUCCACACUGGAGAGAAGCCCUACACGUGCUCUGAGUGCGGGAAACGCUUCAAUCUGCGCUCAAACCUUAUGAGACAUCAUAGAAUCCACACUGGUGAGAGACCUUAUGGAUACUCUGAGUGUGGGAAAUGCUUCACUAAUAGUUCAACCCUCAUUUCACAUCAGCAAAUCCACACAGGAGAAGCACCCUACACAUGCUCAGAGUGCGGGAAAAGCUUCAAUCAGAGCUCAACCCUUAUCAAACAUCGCAGAAUCCACGCCAGGGAGAAGCCCUACACGUGCACUGAGUGUUGGAAAAGCUUCAAACAGCGCUCAGACCUUAUCACACAUCAGAGAAUCCACACAAGAGAGACGCCCUACACGUGCUCUGAGUGCGGGAAAAGCUUCAAACAGAGCUCUACCCUUAUCAAACAUCGGAGAAUCCACACAGGGGAGAAGCCCUAUACAUGCUCUGAGUGUGGGAAAAGCUUCAAGCAGAGCUCACACCUUAUCAAACAUAGGAAAAUCCAUAUGGGCUGCGGAAUAAUGUCCAUGUUUUGCUCCAGUUCAUCUCACCCUCUCGUUGGACAGGGGAGAGAAAUGGCUGCAGAGGAGCCAGGCCAGAGGCCGGUGACCUUCGAGGAGGUGGCUGUGUAUUUCACCAGGGAAGAGGGGGCUCUGCUGGACCCCACUCAGAGAGCCCUCUACAGGGAUGUCAUGCAGGAGAACUAUGAGAAUGUGACCUCGCUGGAGUUUCCAGUUUCCAAACCUAAUGUCAUUUUGCAGCUGGAACGAGGGGAAGAGUCGUGGGUCCCAGAUCUCCAAGUCUCUGAGAAAGAAGUGCUUCCGAGAGCUGCCUACACAGGUGAUGGGAUGGUGAGUGAUAACGAGGAGGAGAAACCCCAGCAGGAAGAUGCUGAGCAAGUAGAAGCACAUGGGACAUUAUCAGGAAGAUCCAAAGGGAGUGUUUCUGGGAUUUGUGCACGCCCAGGAAAAGCAAAAACCUGUGAGACUGAGCAGAGGCCAGAGAAAAACUUCAGUAGCUUCUCAGACCUUAUUUCAAGUGAGAGAAUCAAUUUGGAAGACACACGUUACACAUGCCAUGAGUGCGGGAAACGCUUCAAUUGGCGCUCACACCUUAUCAUACAUCGUAGAAUCCACACUGGAGAGAAGCCCUACACAUGCUCAGAGUGCGGGAAAAGCUUCAGUCAGAGCUCUGCCCUUAUCAAACAUCGGAGAAUCCACACCAGGGAGACGCCCUACAUGUGCACUGAGUGUGGGAAAAGCUUCAGUCAGCGCUCACACCUUAUCAAACAUCAGAGAAUCAACAUAGGCUGCGGAAUAAUGUCCAUGUUUCGCUCCAGUUCAUCUCGCCCUCUCGUUGGACAGGGUAGAGAGAUGGCUGCAGAGGAGCCAGUUCAGGGGCCAGUGACCUUCGAGGAGGUGGCUGUGUAUUUCACCAGGGAAGAGUGGGCUCUGCUGGACCCUGCUCAGAGAGCUCUCUACGGAGAUGUCAUGCAGGAGAACUAUGCGAAUGUGACCUUGCUGGGAUUUCCAGUUUCCAAACCUCAUAUAAUUUCCCAGCUGGAACAAGGAGAAGAGCCAUGGGUCCCAGACCUCCAGGGUUCAGAGGAAAAACGGAUCCCAAGAGCUCCCCGCACAGCAGGUGAUGCAAUGGUAGGUGAGAAAGAGGAGCAGAAUUCUCAGCAGGAAAAUAUAGAGCAAGUGGAUAAACACAGAGCAUUAUCGCAAAGAUCGAAAAGGAGUGUGUCGAGGAGUCAUGAGCAGGGAAACUCCUGGGAGAUUCAGCACAGACCAGAAAGAGAGCAGGGAAACCAGCCAGGAGAGAGAGUAGGUAAAUUUAUUUUCUGUCGGGGAACUCAGAAGAGCCUCAAGGAAACCAUGUCACAGCAGGAAAUCCUCAUGGGAAAGAGGAAAAAUACAUGCUGUGAGUGUGGGAAAAGCUUCUCUAGCAGCUCAGCCCUUUCUCAACAUCAGAGAAUCCACACAGGGGAGAGGCCCUAUGAAUGCCGUGAGUGUGGGAAAACCUUCACUCACAGAUCAGCCCUUUCUAGACAUCAGAGAAUUCACACGAGGGACAGGCCUUAUGAAUGCCGUGAGUGUGGGAAAACCUUCUCUCGCAGUUCAGCCCUUUCUGUACAUCAGAGAAUCCACACGCGGGAGAGACCCUACAAAUGCAGUGAGUGUGGGAAAAGCUUCAUUAGCAGCUCACACUUUUCUAAACAUCAGAGUAUCCACACAGAUGAGAGGCCCUAUGAAUGCAGUGUUUGUGGGAAAACCUUCAAUCACAGUUCACAGCUUAUUAGGCAUCAAACAAUCCACAGAGGAGAGAGGCCCUAUGAAUGCAGUGAGUGUGGGAAAAACUUCACUAGCAGCUCAAACCUUUCUCAACAUCGGAGAAUCCACAUAGGGGAGAGGCCCUAUGAAUGCCGUGAGUGUGGAAAAACCUUCACUCACAGAUCAUACCUUUCUAAACAUCAGAGAAUCCAUACAGGGGAGAGGCCCUAUGAAUGCCGUGAGUGUGGGAAAACCUUCACUCACAGAUCAUACCUUUCUAAACAUCACAGAAUCCACACAAGGCAGAGGCCCUAUGAAUGCCAUGAGUGUGGGGAAACCUUCAUUUACAGAUCAGGCCUUUCUAGACAUCAGAGAAUCCACACAGGGAAGAGGCCCUACAAAUGCCGUGAGUGCGGGAAAAGCUUUAUUACCAGCUCGGCCCUUUCUCAACAUCAGAGAAUCCACACAGGGAAGAGAUCCUAUGAAUGCCGUGAGUGUGGGAAAACCUUCCUUUACAGAUCAGGCCUUUCUAAACAUCAGAGAAUCCACACAGGGAAGAGGCCCUAUGAAUGCCGUGAGUGUGGGAAAAGCUUCAUUGAAAGAUCAGCCCUUUCUCAACAUCAGAGAAUCCACGCAGGGGAGAGGCCCUUUGAAUGCAGUGAGUGUGGGAAAAGCUUCACUCAAAGCUCUCACCUUACCGGGCAUCAGAGAAUCCACACAGGAGAGAGGCCCUAUGUAUGCUGUGAGUGUGGGAAAACCUUCAGUUGCAGCUCAAACCUUCUUGCCCAUCUCAAAAUCCACACAGGGGAAAGGCUCUAUAAAUGCAGUGAUUGUGGGAAAACCUUCAUUCACCGCCAGCAGCUUAUUAUCCAUCAGAGAAUCCACACAGGUAUGAGACCCAAUGGAAGCGGUGAGUGUGGGAAAACCUUGUUCUGCCACUGAGCCCAUGUGAGCCAUCAGAGAAUCUGCAAGGGGGAUCAACACCAUAAAAACCUCUAGGGCUAUCGAUACUUUAAUGCUUUUCCUGAUUCCCACAGAGUAACUUUUAAAAACUGUUUGAACUGCUUGAAGCACCAAUAUCCCUCAGCUUGUCCAGAAGAGUGGCCCAUUUUUGCAGUUUGACCUCUUUGAGGUGGACCCAUUUGUCCUUUCUAUCAACUCCAUUCUCCCAUGAGUAAUUCGAGUGUGCCCUUCCCAUAAGAAACAAGGGAGCAUCACAUUUAUACCAUUCCUCCUAUUCCAAAGUUAUUGUUAGAGUCCCCAGUGAUGCAGAUUGUAUCAUUGCCAGUUGUUCUCACGGUGCUGUGGGUUGUGCUGAAGAGCAGUUAUAUUGGGAACUUUUCAUUUUAUAUGUAAAUAAAGAGAAGCGAGGACAGAAAAUGUGUCAUUUCAGCCUCUGUGACACUGGAAGGAGAUGGAGUGACUCAGAGAUUCCCUGCUUCCCCAUCACUGCAGAACUGUUACUUUUUUUCUGAGCCAUGCAGAGUUUAUCUUCAUCACAUUCUACCCCUCCACUUCUCAAAGUGUCAUGUGAUGAAGCAUUCUCCAUUGUCUGUGCUUGGAGAUGACGCUUUGACUUCUUUAAUCCUAUAUCAGUCGGUAUGACUGGAGAUGAAAGUGUCAAAGACCUGGGAGGGGAAUUCAAAUGGAUCCCAAACACAAUGUGAUCAUUUGGAGUUUAAAUCCCAGGUUCCAUCUAUUGGCAAAGCCACUUCUGGCAAUGUGGCUGUUUUUUCCCCCUAGUUAUGGAGAUGCUAGGAUACUGAACAUGUUGUAAAUAACAUAACUGACUAUUGAGAUAGUGCUGAGUGAUGCAGAUUUGAAUGGAUCAGAGGAUAAUGUGAUGGGAGAAUCUCUUGUUCUGAUUCUGAGUCAUCAGAUGUAACCUGCUCUGGAAUUUCACUUGACACCUUCAUUGUCAUGUAUUCUCUCUCUCUCUCUGUGAUGUGGGUUUCUAUCUUUCCUGAAGGCUGUUUGGUCACCCAAUUGGAUAUUAGUUCAGUCUGAUAGGAUGUAGCUCAGAUUUAUUGGAGACUUUAAGAUAAAUGACCAUUUGAUAAGGUCCUCUUUUAUCAUUUCACCUUUGCUUUUUCCCCAUCCCUCCAUGAUGACAUGGAGAAAGCUGAAGUGCAGUUCUGUCAACAGGAGAGAACUCUCCAAUUUACUGGCCAUGCUAACAAAGACACAGCAGUGAUUUAAAAUCUCCACUCGGAAAUGGUGAACAGCAGCAGAACCCCAAAUAACUGAAGGAAGUGCAUAUGAUCACAGGGUAGUUCAAUUGUUGAAGUCAAUAUUGUCUCGGAUGAUCUGGGGAGAGAAUUCCAUGGUAAGUGGUUUUGAAGUAGGUAAAAUGCCCAUGUAUUUGGUUCCCAAAGCAUUUGUAACCCAGACCCUACAGAAGAUCUCUCCUAGCUAAUCCUAUGGUAUGGGAGAUGCAGCCCUUCAUGACACAGAUGUUGAGGAAAUAAAAGUGGGGUUUUUGUUGAAUUUA